AGUGGUUUGUUAAACAUCAGGACACAGUCUGACUGAAUGUAGUUCAGUUAUAAACUGAUGCAGAAAAACUGCAGCUUUUCUUCUUCAUAAAAACGAUCAUUUUUGUAAAAUCAUCAUUUUCAGUCCGGGAGGUGCGAUGCGCGUUCCCGCGACAGGGCAUGCAAAUCUCUGCAUAACACCUGUCCUGUGAUUGGACCGGCCCAGGACAAUCCUGCAGAUUGGAGGGUGACCUGCAGGAUCCGUCCUGAGGGACAGGAAGUGUCCUUCCAGUAAAAACCAGUAAAAAAGAAAGCUUUGGAGUCUGAGCAGGUGGGCUGCAGGAUGUGAGGUCUUCAUCAGCCUCCUGCUUCCGGUGGAAACCUGGAUUAUAAUCCUCGCGCGCACAGCGCGGGUCCUGCCAGGAAGCCGGGGACACCGGGACCUCACCAGGUGACUUUUAGCCCCAUGGUGGUCGACCGGAAACUUGAAUUGGCCAAAUGAGGCGCGCGGUGCUGAAGGAGGCCGCCAAGCGGUUCCCCUGGUUGGCCAACGUCACCCUGUACGGUCUGCUGUUCUCCGGGGGGGACCUGGUCCACCAGCUCAUGUCUCACAAGGACCACUUGGACUGGGGACACACGCGCAACGUCGCCAUCGUGGCAAUCAGUUUCCAUGGCAACUUUAAUUACUUCUGGCUGCGCGCGCUGGAGAGACGUUUCCCGGGAAAAUCUGCCGGGAUGGUGGUCCGCAAACUGCUGCUGGACCAGAGCUUUGCGUCUCCUCUGGCCACCAGUGUCUUCUACACAGGUUCUUCAACACCUGGAGGUUCCUGAACUUUGUCCUGACCCCUCUGUACCUGCGGACGGCCUUCAUGGGGGGCUGCGCCUUCCUUUGGGCCACCUUCCUGUGUUUCUCACGGCAGGACGGAGACGGGACGGCCACUGUGGCCCUGGCCUUUGUUCUGGACCCCCGUAAAACUCUGGAGGAGGUCCGAGAGGCCCGGCUGGCCCGGAAGAAGCAGAAGAUGCAGAAGAGGACAGGAGGAGGAAGAAGAGGAGGAGGAGGAAGAGGAGGAGGAGGAGAAGGAAGAAGAGGAGGAGAAGGAGGAGGAGGAGGAGGGUGCUUCAGGAUGGACCUCCAUCAGGACCAGUUGGUCUCAGGGUCUGGAGCUGUUGGAGAAGCUUUAAAGAAAAACUCACAAACACACAAAAAACAAGAGUUUGAGUUUAUUUUGUGUCAGAUAAUAAAGAUUAUUUUAUUAACUGAGAAACAGAUCUGUGUGAGCUGA